AUGUUUGGGCUUCGUGCGGCUGCGAUCUUGCUAGGCAUUCUGCCACACUUAUAUGCGACGGCACUAGCAGAACCCGGACAGAAAGAAUUCCCCGAAAUGAGCAAACGAUCCGUUGUCUGUCUCAAGGUCGGUACCACUGCUGUGGCAACUUGGACAAACAGUGUCGGCCAGACAUGCUCGUUUACUGGACUGGUUGGCAGCAACUACGGCAUAAACAUUGUUAAUGAGGGAGACUACUCUUGUAAUGGCCGCUGCGGUGCAGGAUGCAAUGGGGCUGCAGUUGGAAAUGCAUAUACACAGGACUGCUUUUCGCAUGACAUCUGCUCCUACUUUGAGAAUGCCAGUGGGGCAUCAAGUGACCCCAACUGUGGUGCAGCCUAUGAUGCCGCCAUAGACGAUACAAUGUUUGGUGUUACGUCUGGUUGCUCUCAGAAAAAUCCAAUUGAACAGGUUAAGAAGCCUACUACGAGCCCUAUUUGCCAGUAG